GACUGGUUUUUCCUGGGCAUCCUUUCCUGGGCAUCCGUCUGCCUCCCAGUCCAGGCGACGCCGAGUCCUCCCCGUUGCUGGCCUUUGGCACACUCGGCCACCGGCUCUCUCUCUCUCGCUCUCCAGCUGCAUUCCAGCCACCGGAGGAAACUUGGGGUCAACUUUUUUGUGUUUUUUUUGGAGUUGGGGGUGGAGAAAGCCUCCUCCUUCGGCUAAAAGGUGUGUGAUCCGAAUCCGCUGGAAAGCAACAUGUCCCAAACGGUGGGCCUCGAGUCCUAUAAAUCAGAGAUGCUCACUUUCAGCUUGUGGGAUUACAGCGUUUUUGGCCUGAUGCUCCUUAUCUCUACCAGCAUCGGCCUCUUCUAUGCCUUGGCCAAAGGUGGCCAGAAGACCUCUGAGGACUUCUUCACGGGCGGGCGCCAGAUGUCGGCCAUCCCAGUGGGGCUCUCCCUUUCCGCCAGCUUCAUGUCCGCCAUCCAAGUGUUGGGCGUCCCGGCUGAAGCGUAUCGCUACGGCAUGAAAUUCCUCUGGAUGUGCUUGGGGCAGCUCGUUAACACCCUCCUGACAGCCUAUCUCUUCCUCCCUGUCUUCUACCGGCUGGGACUCACCAGCACGUACGAGUACCUGGAGCUCAGGUUCUCCAAGAAAGUCCGCCUGUGUGGGACCAUCCAGUAUGUCCUGGCCACGAUGCUGUACACCGGGAUUGUGAUUUACGCCCCUGCACUGAUCCUCAAUCAAGUGACUGGGCUGGACAUUUGGGCCUCGCUUCUUUCCACGGGCUUCAUCUGUACAUUUUACACCACCAUCGGCGGGAUGAAGGCCGUCAUCUGGACUGACGUCUUCCAGGUAUUUGUCAUGCUGUCCGGCUUCAUAGCCAUCUUGAUCCAGGGAACACUCAUGGUGGGAGGGCCUGGCCAAGUCCUUGGCAUCGCCUACAACAACUCCAGGAUCAACAUAGCUGACUUCAACCCGGAUCCCCGCAGCCGGUACACCUUCUGGACAUUCAUUUUUGGGGGGACGCUUGUGUGGCUCUCCAUGUACGGGGUGAACCAGGCGCAGGUGCAACGCUACGUGGCUUGCAAGACGGAGAAAGAGGCCAAGCUGGCGCUUCUGGUCAACCAGCUUGGCCUCUUCGUCAUCGUUUCCAGCGCGGUGGGCUGUGGCAUUGUGAUGUUUGCCCUCUACAAGGACUGUGAUCCUCUCUUGGCCGGAUACAUCUCGGCGCCCGACCAGUACAUGCCCUAUUUGGUUCUGGAUAUUUUCGAGAAAUACCCCGGGGUGCCUGGUCUUUUCCUAGCCUGUGCCUACAGCGGGACGCUGAGCACGGCUUCAACAAGCAUCAACGCCAUGGCGGCCGUCACUGUGGAGGACCUGAUAAAGCCGAAUCUCCCAAACCUCUCGCCCCGGAAGCUCACUCUGAUCUCCAAGGGGCUGUCAUUGAUCUACGGGACGUCCUGCAUCACAGUAGCGGCUCUGUCAACAUUGCUUGGUGGUGGCGUCCUUCAGGGUUCCUUCACCGUGAUGGGGGUGAUUAGUGGCCCACUUCUGGGAGCAUUCGUUUUGGGCAUGUUUGUUCCGGUGUGCAACACUGCGGGGGUCUUCGUCGGUCUUGGUGCCGGCUUUGCCCUCUCCUUCUGGGUCGCAGUGGGGGGAACGAUCUACCCCCCCAGCGAGGCCACGAUGGGGGUGCUUCCCUCCUACGGAGACUUUUGCCCGCUCUAUAAUGCCUCUGAAGGAGUAAAUGGGACCAUCGUUUUUGGACUGCUUCCCCCCAUGGACGUCUCAGAAUCCAUAGAGAGGCUGGGCAUUCUGGACGACUUCUAUGCCAUGUCUUACCUCUACUACGGUGCCUUGGGAACCAUCACCACCAUCAUCGCUGGGACUGUGGUAGGCUGCCUGAAAGGGCCUUCUAAAAGGAGCAUGAAGCAUCCCGGUGUGCUGUGGUGGGACAUCAUGAAGCAGACUUCCUCGGUAUCCCCUGAGGAGGUCAUGAAGCCAUUCCCCAAGAAUCCUGGAAACUCUCCGGACCUGCAAAAGGAGGCUUUUCUCCCCGUUUCUUUGAGUUCAGCUGAGUUUCCGGCGGAGGAGAAGAUCCUGAUGGGAAAGGAAGGGCUGGCGGGGGCCUCCUCCAUCAGAAGCUCAAAGGAAUCCGUCUGCAUCUGCCCCGCUUUUGACCACAGCUGCUUCCACGUCCUCCGAGAAACCAACGUGUAGGGAGCCGGGGGCUCCCCCCGGAAAUCAGCAAUGAUGCCCCGACAGGCUCGGGGGUGGGGAUGUGCUUGGCUUAGUUGCAACAAGACCCAUGGCAACAUGUGGCAGACCUCCGGAGACCCUCCUUCCCCUGGUCGGGCUGCAAAGCUGUGGCUGAAAGGGGCCCCACACCGUCUGGGUUUGGCCCAACCCUGUUCCAAAAGCUGGUGUCCAGCUCCAGUUCUCUCUUUCGCCCAUUGAGUGAGCUCAUGCUUUGGAGGCAGGUGGUUGUUGUUUGCAUCUUCAGCUUCUCCACUCAGACCCAGAUCCUGCAACUUUUCCGGAUUCUGACUCCACCUUUGGGGUGGGAGGUCUCUCCCGUUCUACCUAGGGAUGUCAAAGAUCCCCUUUGGACUUCCUGCCUGGCUCACGCACUGAGUUAGGGCCCUUCCUCCUAAAGACAAACCAAGGCUCUAGUUCUCAUUGCUCUGGAGAAAUGGGAGUCAGGUAGGAAUUGACUGCCUUACACCCCGCCUUUGCUUUUGGAAAGACUCGGCUGGGCUUCUCCAAAGAUUCAGACAGAACUGGGAAGUAUUUUCCCCCAGCCUUACUGGGAAAUCCUGGGAAUUGGAUCAACGACCGUCUGUAUGGGCGCCUUGUCCCUUUUCACACGAUGCGGUGGUUUCAUGACUUUUGGCUGUACCGCUGGGAAUGUUGGAAGUACUGGUUGCAUGUAGAGGUCUUUUGCACCCUUCCUCGCUCUUUCAUUCAUUUUUAUUUUGUUCAUCUUUCUCAACAAAAACUGCUGUUUGUUUCUUAUUUAGAAAUGGGGUUUCCAGAAGUCCCCGGUUGGACAGGACUGUCUCUUGGACUGUCUGUCAGUCUUUCCUUCCUUCCUCUUUAUUUUCCCUUCCUUCCAUCCAUCACCAGUUCCUUCUACUUACCACUAGCUCCUUCCUUCCUUCCACCCAUCACCAGCUUCUUCU